AUGGGUCAUUUCCCUCCGCUCCACCUCGGGGCUGGCUACGGACACGUCGCCGCGAUGCAUUCGCUUCUCGAGCUCGGGGCACGAGUCGAUGCCGUGGAUCGCUCGAAGAGAACGGCUUUGCACCUCGCGGUUCAGAACGGUCAAGCCGACGCCGUGAAGUUGCUCGUGGCCGCUCGGGCGAAUCUCGAGGCGCGUGAUUGGUUCGGCAGGACGCCCUUGCACCACGCCUGCAACGGUACGCACGUGAACGGCCUCAGCAACAUCAUGGCGCACCUGCUGCUCCUGGCGGGGGCUAACGUGCACAGCCUGGACGAGUGCAGUUGCACGCCUACAAUGCUGGCCAUGGACAACGAGAGGUUGAUGAAGCGCAUCCUGCUUGUCGGUCCGAGGCCGUCGCGGGAGAUAGCCCGCUUGUACGCCGCGAAGUGCACGGAAUCAAGCGACAGCGAGAGACUGCUCGAGAUCCUGGCCAAGAGAGGGUGGGCCCCCGCCCCGUCGGACUCGAACGACGGCGGCGGCGACUCAAGCGGGGGCGGCAACCACCGCGAGGGCGGCGUCCGCGAUCGCGACAGCGACGAGGACGACUGCACCACCGCCUUCGCGCCCUUCUUCGACGGCCGCGACGACAGCCGAGGAGGGCAGUGCGAAGACUCGCCGCUCCACGAGGCCAUCAUGACCGAAGACGUCCGGUUCGUGGUGAAGCUCCUGGAGGUGGGGGAAGACCCCAACGCGCUGAACAGGUCUGGGUGGUCUCCGCUCCACGUGGCGACCCGCUUUGACGUCGCCAUGGUGGAGGCGCUCAUUGACGCCGGGGCUAACGUGGGCCUCAGGCGCCCCCGGUGCGGCUCGACGGCUCUCCACAUGUCGGCCAUGAAGGGUCGCGUCGAAGUCACCGAGGCUUUGCUAGCAGCUGCUCUAUCGAACAACGGCGAGAACAGCGCUUGCGGCUCUACUACUGCUGCUCGAGUGGCCCCAUACAGCAGCGUGACAGGGGGCGUGGCCUCAGCACCAAUCGCAAACACCGCCGACGGGAAGUUCGGCCGCCCGUCGUCAAUGGUGGACGCGAAGGAUUACGGGGGGAGGUGCCCGCUCCACCUCGCCGCCAUCAACGGCACCAGCACCGGCGUCGUGGAAGCCCUACUACGGGCCGGCGCCGACGUGAACAGCCGAGACGAGGCCGACCGCACCCCGCUGAUCUACGCGGCGACGGCGAGCACCACCGGCGCCGUCAAAACGGGAGUCGUCAAGGCCCUGCUCGAGGCCGGCGCCUCGCCCGACCUGAAGGAUUCGAACGGGGAAGCUGCCCUCCACAAGGCCGUACUGAUGCCGGCCGAGGGUGUCCUGGCGGCCCUCCUCGCCGGGGGAGCUUCGCCCGGCUCGGGCGGGGAGAAGGGCUGGACGCCGCUCCACGUGGCGUGCGAGUACAACGCGCGCGGCACGGUGGCGGCUUUGCUCCGCGCCGGGGCUGUGCCCGGCCACUGCUGGAACGGGCACCUGCGACCCCCGCUGACGGUGGCGUGCAUGUCUGGGAGGCUGGGCGCCGUGGAGCUGCUGCUGCCGAGGCUGUCACCGAGGCAGAUCAACAUGCGUGACCGAGUGAGCGGCGCGGACGACGGCGGAGUGACACCCCUGGUGGCCGCCGUGUGGUACGCCUGCGAGGAGGAGGAGGAAGAGGAGGACGAAGCCCUUAGGAUUGUCGAGGCGCUGCUGGCGGCUGGCGCAGACCCGACCCUCCGGGCAUUCCGCGGCAUGACCCCUCUGGAAUCCGUCGCCCGAGGGGCAAGCACAAAGGCCAGCCCAACGCUUGGCCCGUCGCUGGUGCGCAUGCUUGUCGCCGCGGGAGCCGAUGUCAAUGAAGUUGGUAGCACACGCGGGUGCACGCCUCUGCAGUUCGCCUGCAUGGAGGGCGCCUGCGCGGAAGUCAUCCAAGCCCUGCUGGACGCGGGCGCGGACGCGUGCGCGCCGUGCGCAGGGAUGCGUUUCAUGACCCCGCUCCAGCUUGCGGGUGGCGGUGGGAACGCGGAGGCCGUGGAAGUGCUGAUAGGGCGGCCAGAAUGCGGGGGUCUGAACACCGUCGGCUGUUUGCCUUCGAGGGCUACCGCACUCGCUUGCGCCGUGAAGCAUGGAAGCACAGAGGUGUGUAGGUUCCUCUUGGAGCGUGGAGCCGACAUGGACCUGCUACCUUCCUCGUCCUCGGAAGCAGGCGGUGGGAAACCGCUGCCUGCAACAUCGCUCGUAGAAUUCGCUGCGCAGUGCGGGCACCUUGACACCAUGAACCUCCUCAUUCAGGCGAAGGUGUUCAAGGACAACACCGGGGCGGCGGUCGGGGUUCAGGGGCGAAUGGAGAUCAAAAGUGAUGAUGAUGGGCAUGAGGGAUGA